AAAAAGCUGCUCUCAUUCUAUUUUUCAAUCUUCCCACCAUUAUUGCUCUCUUCUUACUAAAAAUAUAUAUACAUAUAUAUAUAUUUAUACAAACUUUCAUAAAAAAAUCAUUUUUCCUUAAUAAACUUCUACUCAUGUUUAACUUCCCACAAAAAAAAAUAAAAAAUUCGAGAAAAUACUGUUUUUUUUUUUUUUUUUUUUUUAGUUUUUAAAGUAUUUUCUUGUUUCUUGAUUUAAAGUGUUUGUACAUUUUUUAGUGAGUUGAGGGCAAAAUCUUGAAAAAACAUUUUUUGGUUUUGGAGGGGUUUUAUCUUUAUUAAAAAUUAAUAUUUUUAAUUUUUUUUUUAAUUAUUAUUAUUUUUGUGAAUUGAGAUAAAGAGAAAUGUUAGGGAAGGAGUGUUGGUGUUGGGAUAAUGUGUUUGAUAACAAUUAUGAUGAAAUUGAACCAGAAAGUUUUACUUUGCCUUCACCAAUUCCACAAUGGUCUCAAGGUAAAGGAUUUGGAAAUGGAAAAAUAUGCCUAGGUGAAAUCGAAGUUGCUCAAAUCACCAAGUUUACGAAAAUUUGGAGUUGUUGCCCGUUGUUUGGAAAAUCGAAAUCAGUUUCAUUCUAUAAACCAGAUGAAAUUCCACAAGGAUUUUUCAUCGUUGGCCAUUACUGUCAGCCGGAUGACGAGAAGAACAUAACAGGCUACGUUCUUGCUGUCAAAGAUCUAUCUACCGAUCAGAAGCCGGAAAAACCACUUCAAGAUUCGACUUCCAAGCUUCCUGCUCUUGCAAAGCCGACGAAUUACACUUUAGUUUACAGCCCGAACGCCCUUUUUAAGGAAGUUGGUUACGUUUGGCUUCCAAAUGCACCAGUUGGUUACAAAGCAAUGGGCUUUGUGGCAACCGUUGAACCUCAUGAACCGAAUGUCAAUGAAGUUACAUGUGUCCGUGCUGAUCUUACGGAGAGCUGUGAGGCUUGUGAAGUUGUUUUCAGUUAUAAUUCUCUUUUGUCAAAGAGCCAAUUUCGGGUUUGGAAAACUAGACCUUGCGAAAGGGGCAUUUCAUGUAGAGGGGUCUCGGUUGGGACGUUCUUCUGCAGUACGAGCUUCACUAAAGGCGAUGAGCUCACCAUUGCAUGUUUGAAGAAUCUUGACUCGUCUCUACAGGCAAUGCCAAAUCUUGAGCAGGUCCAUGCACUCAUCAAGCACUAUGGACCAACUGUUUACUUCCAUCCCGACGAAAUUUACUUGCCAUCAUCGGUUGAAUGGUUCUUCAAAAACGGAGCUCUUCUAUUUGAAGACGGUAAGAACAACAACGGUAUUGCUAUCGAACUGAAAGGCGCAAACUUGCCUGCAGGCGGACGAAAUGAUGGGAAAUACUGGCUUGAUUUACCUAGUAAAGAUGAUGUAAAUAGGCACACUGUCAAAUGUGGGAAAAUUGAGACCGCGGAGCUCUAUGUUCAUGUUAAACCGGCUGAAGGUGGAACGUUAACGGAUAUUGCAAUGUGGAUUUUUUGCCCUUUCAAUGGACCGGCUACGCUCAAAGUAGGUUGGUUGAAUCUCGACCUGAAAAAAGUAGGCGAACACGUUGGUGAUUGGGAGCAUUACACUCUUCGUAUUAGCAACUUCUCAGGGGAGCUCGUGAGUGUCUAUUUCUCGGAGCAUAGUGGUGGUGAAUGGGUUGAUGCUCGUGAUUUGGAGUUCAUCGAGGGGAAUAAGUCGAUCGUAUAUGCAUCAAGAAAUGGCCACGCGAGUUAUCCACAUCCCGGAUGUUACCUUCAAGGCAAUACAAAACUUGGUAUCGGAGCAAGGAAUGAUUGCGCUAAAAGCAAAUACUAUAUCGACUCUAGCAGCAAGUACCGAAUCAUCGCUGCAGAGUAUCUCGGAGAAGGAACUAUUGUAGAACCACCGUGGCUACAGUACAUGCGGGAAUGGGGUCCGACCAUUGAAUACAAAUCGGGAUCUGAAGUAGACGAGAUAAUCAAACACCUUCCGUAUAUUUUCAGAUUUUCAGCAGAGACUCUUGUCGCGCUAUUUCCAAAUGAACUUUACGGGGAAGCAGGGCCAACGGGGCCUAAGGAGAAGAACAACUGGUUCGGGGAUGAAAGGUGGUAGAGCCGGUAGGCAGAGGCGAAUUCAGGAUCCAAAGUCGUCGAGUUCAGAAUACGUUUGAUCUUAUUAUAUGUAUCCAUUUCUUGUAUAUAUAUAGGAGGAAGUUACUAUUCUUUGUAAAGUUGGAAUGUUGUUGUGUGUGUAACAUAAAAACUCUUGGAGCC